CUGAGAGGAGACUCGGGGGUUUCCGGUUCCGCCGUCCUCUUUCUCUUCAACGAGGCGGCCGAGCGGCAGACGCCAACAUGCAGAUCUUCGUGAAGACCCUGACGGGCAAGACCAUCACUCUUGAGGUCGAGCCCAGUGACACCAUCGAGAAUGUCAAGGCCAAGAUCCAAGACAAGGAAGGCAUCCCACCUGACCAGCAGAGGCUGAUAUUUGCCGGCAAACAGCUGGAGGAUGGCCGCACCCUCUCGGACUACAACAUCCAGAAAGAGUCCACCUUGCACCUGGUGCUGCGUCUGCGCGGUGGCAUCAUUGAGCCGUCCCUUCGUCAGCUUGCCCAGAAGUACAACUGUGANAAGAUGAUCUGCCGCAAGUGCUACNCANGCCUGCACCCUNGNGCAGUCAACUGCCGCAAGAAGAAGUGCGGCCACACCAACAACCUGCGCCCCAAGAAGAAGGUCAAAUAAAGCUGGGGUCACACCUGGCCUGUGACCCCGGGACCAAAUAAAGUCCCCUUCCGUCGACUGGAGCAGUAA